CGCGCAGAGUGGUCAAGGCGAUGGCGAAGGGGAAGAAACCGAAGCCCAAAUUCUACGCUGUCAGGGUUGGCUUCCAUGGGCCGGACAUUUUCACGUCUUGGACCAAGUGCGAGGAGCAAGUCAAAGGUUGCCCUGGAGCCCUAUAUCAAGGCUUCCAGACGAGGAAGGAAGCGGAAGACUUCAUCGCUCCCUUCGUCGGGAAGCCGGGCGAGCAUGUUGCUGCAGCAGCGCCACCUGAGCACAAGCUCCCCAUCCCGGAGCCCGUCAGACCGCCUGCGCCUCUGCCACCGAGAUACUUCACGCCAUCGGUAAAGCUUUCCAAGACGCAACAGCAGGUUUUCAACCGCGUCAAGAAGGGACAGAAUGUAUUCUUUACGGGCUCCGCUGGUACUGGCAAGUCGCUUCUCAUGCGCGAGAUCAUCAACCACAAAGGCGGAAGGACGUCCUCCCGCCUGGCCGUCACUGCCGCUACUGGCAUCGCCGCCGUGAACAUAGGUGGCAUAACGGUGCAUUCUUGGAGUGGCUACUCCAAAUUUGACAAGGACCUCGGCGGCAAGCUCAUUGGGCAGAGGAAGAAGCGCCAACAAACUAUAGAUCGGUGGAGAGAGGUCGACACGCUCAUCGUUGAUGAAAGUAAAGUCUUCUUGCCUUUGGCGUGCUGA